AUUAGUCACGUGCUGUGAAAUGUUAACGUCUCUACAAUACUCGUAAAAUUCGAACAUGGCGAAAAUAAUACUCGAAAUGCCGAUUUGAAAUUAACAAAUGUUCUGUCAUUGUACAUAGGUAUAGCUAAACAAAUAUGGCAUUUUCAAAUUCGUCAGCGCUGAAAACUCCCACUGUAUUGGAGCAGUUGUUGGAGGAAAUAAAUUUUCAGAGGACAAAGGAAAUGAGGCAAUUGCUCAAGGAUGAGUCUGGAUUUGUAAUGCUACAAGGUACAACCUACUGGACAGAUCUCUUUGUUCGCCAUUUUUUAUUCCAAAAUGAAUCGACCAUGGACUGUGAUGAUCUUCUGUUCUUCGUUAGAAAAAAACACGUUAAGGGAUCGCCCAGGUAUUUGCCAAAAUUCGAGACCGAAGUGGAUGUAUUUCGAAAAGACAGCAGAAAACUACCGAUUGGAGAUCCAGACAUCGACUGGGAAGAAACGGUGUAUCUGAACCUUAUAAUUCAUCAAUUCGAGUAUACAUUAACGCUAGCCAUCUGCACUAGAACCAGUCCUAAAGAACUCCAAGUGCUGAAGCGGCAUUCCCAAAAGGUGUACGCAUCUCCCAGUAGAAGACGGAUGGAUACCAAAGGAGAAGUGGAGGAGAUUACCUAUCCGCAUAUUUGUUUCAUGGUGGACAAUUUUGAUGAAGUAUUCCAUGACAUACUAGUUCGAGAUGGAGAGAUGGUUUGUGUUGAACUGUUAGCAGCAGAUCGAGCUGGAACCAUUCAGGGAGUUAUUUUUUUAGGUUCUAUUAGAUAUGAUGCCCUCAAAAAAGUAUACGAUGCCAGGCAAUCGAGUCUAAGCACAAAGAUGGCCCAAAGGAUGACGUUCGGUUUGUUUUCUUCUUCAACGGCACAACGAUGCGAAUUCGUCCGGAUGAAAGGACCGCAAGGCAAGGGCCACGCAGAAAUGGCGGUUACCAAACCCAAGGGGUCCGGUGUGGAGACUCCUACCUCCGAACCAGGAUUCUGCGCUACAGAUAUGUGGGACUCUGAUUGGGAAGAAGAUCCCGAAGAUUUCUAUGUAUAUCGAAAUCAAAGGCGACUCAGCGAUCCCAGUGCUAAUAUCAACAAUUUUAUUAGAGGAGGAUGGAAGUCGAAGUUGGAUGUGAAGGCCAGAUCUGAGAGUGAAGGCUUGGAUGCAAUCGAUAAUGGGGUUAGCGAGAUCGAAGCAGGGGAUCUUAGAGAUGAACUAGACGAUGGCGCAUACAAUCCACUAUGGACCAUGCGGGGUUUCACCCAGACCUUCCACUUUUGGAAAGAGAACAAGAGAGCACAAUCAGUUCCAUUAAACGCAUUUCUGACUUACAUAACACUGCCUUGGUGGAGCAUAGCCAAAGAUAUACUUGAUCAUAGAGAGGGACCUAUACUGACCUUCUAGCAUUUGGAAAUUAUACGAGCUUUCUUUUUAAAUGAACAGUUUCAGAUUGAUGCAGAGUAUGUUAUGUAUAUAAUUCAGAUUACUGAAGCAGUUUACCAAAAAUUAUCAGUUUUAGUUCAAAAAAAGAAUAAAAAAAGCAACUCAGCCUGAUAUUCCCUUCCCAAAAGUACCAAUAGUAGCCUGAGGGAUAGUUGACAGGAGUAAAUGCAUAUGAAAACGUAAUAACUGUUCGUCAGAUUUGAUUGGAGUAAAACUAGAAGACACAUUUUUAAAAUAUAGCGAUAUGUAUCUAUAUACACAUACCAAUAUUUACAUAUAUACAUUUACACAGGAAUGGUUGUUGAAAAAGGGAAGAAAGAGUGCCUAUUAUUGAAGACUACAUUAAUAAGUAUACAGACUUUAUGUAAAUUUACUCCUAUAUGAACACGAAUUGAAGAUAUUAAUGGGAAAUUAAUAAUCGUCAGUAGCAGAUAUGGUUUUGAGCAUCAUUCCAAUGAGUCUAUACAGAAAAGAGAAAAAGCAGAUUUUUUUUAUUAAUCUGAGAUUAAAAAUAUUGAAAUUGGAGAAUCAAAUGGCUAUCACAGUUACAUCAGUUAAAACAUUAAGACAUAAAAUUAAUUGAGAAUGGAUAGAUGCUGUCUAAAAUACGGCUAUCACAGAUUCCCCCAAUAAUAUGACUACAUGGCAUUCAUAGUAUUUGAAAGAUAAUUAAACAAUCUGGCAUAAGGUUUUUGAGUAACAGCACAGUGGAAUACCAUUUUGCAAAAUCUUGUAACAGAAGAGAAAAUGGAUGAUCUUAUACCUAAAAUUGUUUAUCAUCUUGAUGAGUGGAUUAGCUAACAUGUUUACUUGAAUAUACGCUCCAUGAAAACAUUAUAGCUUGCAUACCAUCUGAAAGAGUAUUAUUAAAGAAGUUCUAGAUCUCAAUAAAUACCUAUCUUCCUUUCCAUGGUGAUAAUUAUACAUCGACAGCAUUUGUGAUGUCAGUUUGAAAUUGAUUCAAAUCCGGAACUGUUCAAAAUGUGUUUUAAAAGACUCUUAAUAAUUUAACAAAAAAUGUUUGGUAUAAAAUCGUUGAGUAUAUAUUCUUUUUG